AGCUGCUGCAAAACAUGGUCCCUUACCUUAAGAAGGCAUACGACAUGCUCGAGCCAGCUGUUGCCGAGUUCCUUGUGAACUCGGACGUCAACUGGGUGAUCCAAGACUUCAUGUCUUUCUGGUUACCCCAAAAGGCGAGACAACUCGGUGUUAAAUCGGUGUUCUUCAGCAUAUUCAACGCCAGCAUCCUCGCCUUCAUUGGCCCGCCAUCUCUUCUGAUUGACAAUCAAGCCCGAGCCAAGACGGCAGAGGACUUGACGGUCGUUCCCCAGUGGGUUACUUACCCAACUAAAAUCGCGUUUAGGCUUCAUGAGGUGCUCAACGAAGAGGAUUUCGUGGACCCUAAAUCUAACAUGUCGGUUUUCGAAAGGUUUGGCAGGUCGAUACAGGGAUGCGAUAUCGUGGCCAUAAGGACCUGUAGCGAGUUCGAGGCCGAGCCGUUGAGUCUACUCAAGAAGUUUUACGCAAGACCCGUGGUUCCGAUGGGGCUUUUGUCACCCCAGAAUAAAAGCCGCCACGAAGGAGACGGGAGAUGGAGCGAGCUCAAGCAAUGGUUGGAUGGUAAGGAAGGGAAGUCAGUGUUCUACGUCGCCCUUGGCACCGAGGUGGCUUUGAGUCAAGAGUUAAUGCACGAGCUGGCACGUGGGAUUGAAAAGUCAGGUUUGCCCUUCGUCUGGGUGAUAAGCCGAAAGGCUGGCCCCAGCAGUAUCCCUUCUGGGUUUGAAAGCCGGGUCUCAGGUCGAGGCCUCGUCUGGGUGGGCUGGGCUCCUCAACUCGACAUCCUGGCCCACCCGUCGAUUGGCGGGUUCUUGACGCACUGCGGGUGGAGCUCGGUCAUAGAGGCACUCGGGCAAGGCCGGGCACUGAUCCUAUUUUCUGGGGGGAGCUCCGACCAAGGGCUGAUGGCGAGGCUAAUGGACGAGAGGCGGGUUGGGUCGGAAGUGCCAAGGGACAGCCGGGAUGGGUCGUUCACGAGUGACUCGGUCGCCGAGACGAUAAAGUGGGUCAUGGUAGAGCCAGAGGGAGAGGAAGUGAGGGCGAACGCAUGGGCCAUGCGGGAGAUAUUUGGUAACGUGGAGUCGCAAUUGAAAUAUUUGGAGGAGUUCGCUCGAGCACUUGAAAAGGGUAGAGCCUGAAGCUGAGGAACUUGUCAACCUACAAGUUGGGUGUGUGAUUAUUUGUACUACGUUGGCAUCAUGCAUGCAUGUGGCCAAACACGUAUCAAUCGUGGAUCCAGCAAUGAUAUAUGGCAUCAGUUUUAGUAUACUAAUUUCGUUUUCUAGCGCAAGCGUUACAUCAAGAUCAUUAUCAAGAGAAUGGCUGGAUCUGAAGACUUAGAAAAA